UGGUGGUACCAAAUAAUAUAAAUAAUGAAAGCAGCAUCAUCACCGGCUCAGUUAAGCGUGAAAAACGGCUGCCGAAAUUUGUGCUCUAGUGCUGGUCUAGUUGUAUUUUAGUGCCAUAAACAAACAAAGAAAAAAGGAUGAAACUCGCUAUCGUGUUCGCUACCGUUCUGACCGUUGCGCUUGCCGCUCCAGCAAACGAGGAUCGAGACGCGCAGAUCGUUAAAUACGAGAAUGAUAACUUAGGCCUCCAAGGCUACCGUUUCCAAUUCGAUACCAGCAAUCGGCUCCAGCGGCAAGAGGAAGCCCAGCUGAAGAGCUUCGGAGACGACAUCAGUGCGCUGGUGGUCCGCGGAUCGUACUCCUACACCGGGGAUGACGGCCAGGUGUACACGGUGAACUACAUUGCUGACGAGAAUGGAUUCCAACCGGAGGCUGCCCAUAUUCCAAGAGCUUAGGCGUGUACUGUGUGUUCUGGUCCAAUUUGCCACGUUCUGUUUUUGUGAGUGAAAUUAUGCAAUAAAUCGGUAGUAGUUUAAAA